AUGAAGCGGCAAAACGUGCGGACCUUGGCCCUCAUCAUCUGCACCUUCACCUACCUGCUGGUGGGCGCCGCCGUCUUCGACGCGCUGGAGUCGGAGGAGGAGACCUCGGAGCGGCGGCGGCUGGAGGAGAAGCGGCUGGAGCUGAAGAGCAAAUACAACCUGAGCAGCGCCAGCUACAAGGAGCUGGAGUGGGUGGUGCUCAAGCUGAAGCCCCACAAGGCCGGCGUGCAGUGGAAAUUCGCCGGCUCCUUCUACUUCGCCAUCACCGUCAUCACCACCAUCGGGUACGGCCAUGCGGCCCCAAGCACGGAUGGCGGGAAAGUCUUCUGCAUGUUCUACGCCCUGCUGGGGAUCCCACUCACACUCGUCAUGUUCCAGAGCCUGGGGGAGAGGAUCAACACCUUUGUCAAAUACCUUCUGCACCGCAUCAAGAAGUGCCUUGGCAUGAGACGGACAGAGGUGUCCAUGGCCAACAUGGUCACCAUUGGGUUCUUCUCCUGCAUCAGCACCCUGUGCAUUGGGGCCGCGGCGUUUUCCUACUACGAGCACUGGAGCUUCUUCCACGCCUACUACUACUGUUUCAUUACCCUCACCACCAUCGGCUUUGGGGACUACGUGGCGCUCCAGAAGGAUGAGGCACUGCAGACCAAACCCCAGUACGUGGCCUUCAGCUUCGUCUACAUCCUGACAGGGCUGACCGUCAUCGGGGCCUUCCUCAACCUGGUGGUGCUGCGGUUCAUGACCAUGAAUGCCGAGGAUGAGAAGCGGGAUGCCGAGCACCGAGCGCUGCUCACCCACAACGGACAGGCCAGCAGCGUGCACACCACAGACACCACCUCGUCUACCACCGCGGUGGGCGGGUGCGGCGGGGGAGGGGGCGGGGGCGGAUUCCGCAACGUGUACGCGGAGGUGCUCCACUUCCAGUCCAUGUGCUCAUGUCUGUGGUACAAGAGCCGGGAGAAGCUGCAGUACUCCAUCCCUAUGAUCAUCCCCAGGGACCUGUCCACCUCGGACACGUGCGUGGAGCAGAGCCACUCCUCGCCUAGCCGCUACCCCGACACCCCAUCCAACAGAUGCUUCUGCAACGCCCAGCGCUCGGCCAUCAGCUCCGUCUCCACGGGACUCCACAGCCUCUCGGCCUUGCACGGCUUCAUGAAGCGCCGCAGCUCUGUGUAACUCCCCGCACCAAUGCACACACAACACUGAGGACCCUUCUUUUUUUAAUACAGAGAGGAACCGUAUGGAGACCAGCAAAACCAGACGAAGAAAAACCUUCAGAUUUUAUUCACAUUCAACAGACAAAUACCAAAAGGGACAGCCCGAUAGACUGGGAGUACGUUGGACGCACAAAUGUACAUGCAGACGAGUAUGUCUGUGCGUGGGUAUAUGGACAUAUAGAGAGAGAGAGAUACAGGGGUGUAAGCUGGUAAGCUGUCUCUAAUGCUCCUUUCAUUGAGAAACUCUUUUGCAUCAUUUUGCAACAACUCCAUGAAAUGUGAAACUUGAAGCGAAUACACGGAUAGCUUUUUCAACAGCCGCCGGAGAGGUGAGCACCUGAAGGGCUCUGGUGCAGGCAGAUCCCGUCUCCGUUUGCAUCUCUCUAUUUAUACCUCUCUGGACUGACAGGUGGACUUAGUGUCCUCUUAGCACAUCUCCCUGCCCACACCCUGCCCUAGAUAAAUACAUGGGCUGUGCACCCCGCUGCGCUUCUAACCUCCCCCCACACUGUCCUGGUGAGCCAGACGCGCCGGGACAUCAGACACAUUGGGAUUAGCUUUGCAGCUGCAAUGGAGGUUAAGAGGCGCUUGUAAGAGUGUGGACGUGUGUGUGUGUUGGUGCGCACUCCCAACUUUGUACCUUCUAUGCCGGUCGGUCAGUUACACACACAAAAGAUUCCCAGCCAAAGACGCAAGCAGAACUCAAGAUAUGUCCUCGGGGGCCUUGGACAGGGGUCUUCUUCAUGUUUCCAUCUCCUCCUCCCCAGGACCUUCGCUGCGUUUCUCUAAAAGAUGCACUUCCAGUUUCCUAGCAUCGGCCGCCUACCAGCUCCCAAAGUGGCUACAUCGUAAUGUCUGCCGCUUAACAUCUCGCCACGGCGUCAGCGCUUGGCUGCAUCGUUGUUACAUGUCGUGACGUCAAUGGCGUUGUGACAUGACGCCCAAUGUAAUCCUUCUGUAAUCCCAUGGGCUGGUCUCAAAUCCCAUGGGAUGCAGGACUCUGCUGCAACCUGUGGGGAGGUCUGGCAACAUCUGUCUGUGCCGGGGACGAGUCCCUGCUCUUAGGCCAGCUGGAAAGGAUUGUAUGUUUUCUACUGGUGGAUCAAAGCCAGAGGUGAUAUAAACGCUGGUACCAUUGACACAUUGAUAAGGCAGGGUGGGUCGUAACUUACCCGCCAUAGGGGGAGACUUAGCUGAUUCUAUGUCUCCGACUAGAAUGGCUGUUUUUCUCGCUGCCACCCUUCCACCCUAUCCCGGGGAAGUUACAUCAACUUACUCCCACUUCUUGAUGGUUCCCACCUCUGACUUUCGGAUCUAAGAGCAUUAGUAGCCAUGGCCCAUCUGCUCAUUCCUCCUCCAACAUUCGUUCCUGUCCCCUCGACAUCAUUUGCUAACGUCAGUUCAGAAAAAAAAGAAGGGGGGAUUCCAGGGCAGCAAAGCAUCCUGGUUAAAAGUCAUGGCUGCAUCACCAAGCAAAUCAGGCUAAGAGGGUCUUAGGCAGAAGCUUUUUCGAUUCCUAUGCACGUGAUCCUGCCACCGUGUCUGAGACAACAAGCUGGGUGUCACGUAGCCAGCGCUCUGAUUCUGGCAGGACUGGGAUGGAAAUCAGAUCUGGGCCAGGAGGGGUCCUUUUUUAACUGUUUCUUAUGCACCAAACCGCAGGUUUGUGGCUUCAUCUAGAUCGCAGCUGAGAUCUGUUGAAAGCUACAACAGAUCCUUGAAGAUGAGGCGAUAGGUACCUCCUCUUGCAUUUGGGUCAGCACCCCCUAAACCAAACCAGUGUAUCCAUCCAUGCCAGGAAAGCUUAGAGGCCCCCUAGCCAGUGCAAGACUAGCCUGGGAAAUAAAAGCGACUGAUCCUUCCUGUUUAUUAUUUAAUAUAAACCUGUUGUGUUCUGAACAA